CCCUCAACUUCAAAGAGUCACAAAUCACCCUUAAUCAAAAAGGGUGCAGAAAUUUUUUUGGGCCCUCCCCGCCAUGAGCUCCUACGUAGCCAAUUCAUUCUAUAAGCAGAGCCCCAAUAUCCCUGCCUAUAACAUGCAAACUUGUGGGAACUAUGGAUCGGCCUCAGAGGUGCAGGCAUCCAGGUACUGCUACGGCGGAUUGGACUUAAGCAUCACUUUCCCACCGCCUGCGCCUUCCAACUCUCUCCACGGGGUAGACAUGGCUGCCAACCCCCGGGCUCACCCCGACCGCCCCGCCUGCAGCGCCGCGGCCGCUCCGGGACACGCUCUGGGCAGAGACGAAGCGGCUCCUCUGAACCCCGGGAUGUACAGUCAGAAGGCGGCUCGCCCGGCGCUGGAGGAGCGAGCUAAGAGCAGUGGGGAGAUCAAAGAGGAACAGGCGCAGACAGGGCAGCCCGCCGGACUGAGCCAGCCACCGGCCCCGCCACAGAUUUACCCGUGGAUGACCAAACUGCACAUGAGCCACGAGACGGACGGCAAGCGGUCCCGAACCAGUUACACGCGCUACCAGACUCUGGAACUCGAGAAAGAAUUCCACUUUAACCGCUACCUCACUCGCCGCAGGCGCAUAGAGAUCGCCAACAACUUGUGUCUCAAUGAGAGACAGAUCAAGAUCUGGUUCCAGAACCGCAGGAUGAAGUGGAAGAAAGAUUCCAAAAUGAAAAGCAAAGAGGCUCUUUAGAGGCAGUGGGGGAGGCCCGCAGAGCGCGCCCCUAGCCGGUUCCGGUCCCUGCGCCUUUCCUUUUCGCCUUUCCUCUCUAUAUUUCGGGGCGGGGGCAGGUGCUGGAGCACUGGGCUCCGGGGCCUCACAGACAAAAGCGCUUUUCCUUGGCAUUCCGCAUCCCUACUGACCCAGGGUUCCCGCGGGGCUGUCCGCGCUGCCCCAUCUCCCCUCAGCUCGGCUCAGCUCGGUACCCGGGGCCCAGGGCAAGCUCCGUAGGGCUUCCCUGGAGGGCUGCGGCGUGCAGGCUGGCGCUGAACGAACCUUGGCCUGGGCCGUCUCUCCGGCUCCCAGCCUCAGCGCGGCCCUCCCGAGUUAAGGUGGGCCCGGCCCGCGCCACAGGACCCUCGCCCGACCCUCUAGCCUCGCCCUCUCCUUUGUUCCCGGCUGGGUGGGUUAGACAGCUGAAGGCUGGCGAGAGUCUGGCCCCAGACUCGGGGUGCUUCCUUGUAGCGACUAAACUAAAUUUUCACUUAUGAAUGAUUUGCAUAUGAAAGGAGAACAUCGGCCUAGGGCCCCCACGGUUGCUCUAUGCUUUCCAAACCUUAUCUCCACAACCUCUUCCCCCAAAACCCAGGAACCUCCCCAGCCUGCGCCUGCUGCAUGCCCUCUCAGGCCGACAGCCCCAGCCUGCUAGCUAGCUCAACUAUUGGGGUUUCCUGGCACUGGACCCCAGCAAGUGGUCCUAGAGGCCCUUUGCUGUCCCAUAGUCCCUGCCACGACUUUCUGUGCCCUCCUGACCCAUUGCUGUUGUCCAACUAUUUAUUGACUCUGGGUCUUUCCUGAAACUAUAUUUUGUCAUAUCAAAUAAAGAGAGAACAGGACUAAA